CCCCUUUAAACACGUCACCGGCGGGCUGGCUGGUAUCUGGUGGUGUGGUGUGUGCGGUCGGACUGUGGUUGUGUUUCAGCUCUGACCGUGUUGAUAACGACACACUUCGGGCGCUUUUCCUCGCGUAGACAUGGGAAUUCAGAAGACAUGGCUCUAAGACGAACGGCCCUAACGCUGCUGGCCCUGCUCGGGCUGGCGGCCGUCGGUGACGCUUUAUACUGCAACUGCACAAACUGUAACAAGGGCGAGUGCAAGACAGAAGGCGCCUGCCUCGUUUCAACGUACAAGUCCGAUGGGAAAGAUGUGCUCUUGCGGCACUGCCUCGACCCCGAUAAGAUGACUCCCCCCAUCUACUGCAAGAGCGCCGAAGGGCACUUGAACGUUCACUGCUGCUUUGUAGAUUACUGCAACAGUAUUGACUUGAAAGUCCCAGACCCGACGACCGGAGAGUGGGUGACCUCGGGGAGCUCCUGGGGACCAGUGGAGCUGGUUGCGGUCAUAGCGGGGCCCGUGUUCCUGCUCUGUGUGCUGCUGAUGGUUGGAGUGUUCCUCUUCCAGUAUCACCAGAGAGCCUACAGCCACAGACAGCGGCUGGAGGUGGAGGACCCCUCCUGCGACCACCUGUACCUGGCCAAGGACAAAACCCUGCAGGACCUCAUCUAUGACAUGUCCACCUCAGGAUCUGGCUCUGGGCUGCCGCUGUUUGUGCAGCGGACGGUUGCCAGGACGAUCGUGCUGCAGGAGAUAAUAGGGAAGGGGCGUUUCGGAGAGGUGUGGCGAGGAAAGUGGAGAGGCGGAGACGUUGCCGUCAAGAUCUUCUCGUCCAGAGAGGAGCGCUCCUGGUUCAGAGAGGCCGAGAUCUACCAGACAAUCAUGCUUCGGCACGAAAACAUCCUGGGAUUCAUCGCAGCAGACAAUAAAGACAACGGCACAUGGACGCAGCUGUGGCUGGUGUCGGACUAUCACGAGCACGGCUCUCUGUUUGACUACUUGAACCGCUACUCCGUCACCAUCGAGGGCAUGAUCAAGCUGGCGCUCUCGGCUGCAAGCGGCCUGGCGCACCUCCACAUGGAGAUCCUCGGCACUCAGGGUAAGCCAGGGAUUGCUCAUCGGGACCUCAAGUCUAAAAAUAUCCUGGUUAAGAAGAACGGCACUUGUGCUAUAGCCGACCUGGGCCUGGCCGUCCGCCACGAGUCCAUCACAGACACAAUCGAUAUAGCACCGAACCAGCGCGUGGGCACUAAGAGGUAUAUGGCUCCAGAAGUCUUGGACGAAACCAUCAACAUGAAACAUUUUGAUUCCUUUAAGUGCGCCGACAUUUAUGCGUUGGGCCUGGUGUACUGGGAGAUCGCGCGCCGCUGCAACACCGGAGGCAUACAUGAGGAGUACCAGCUGCCCUACUAUGACCUAGUGCCCUCUGACCCGUCCAUAGAGGAGAUGAGGAAGGUGGUUUGUGACCAGAAACUGAGGCCCAACGUUCCCAACUGGUGGCAGAGCUACGAGUCGCUGCGUGUGAUGGGGAAGAUCAUGCGGGAGUGCUGGUACGCCAAUGGCGCGGCGCGACUGACGGCACUGCGCAUCAAGAAGACUCUGUCUCAGCUCAGCGUGGAGGAGGACGUGAAGAUGUGAGCGUCCAGGCGGCGGCCAGCGAGGGGCGCUACAGACGCACAACCCGACCACACUCCCAUAGGAAACAAACACUAAAGACAGACUGCAAAUGGAGAAAAAAACAAAAAACAAAACAAAAAAAA